AUGUCUAGCACAAUCGACCAUGUGGGCAUCCACGCCCCCAAGGAUCAGUUUGAGAGCAUCAUCGACUGGUACAAGAAGGCUUUGGCCCCGCUGAACUACAGGGAAUUGAUGCGCUUCCCAGGAGCUGUCGGACUCGGCUCUGAACAUCCAGAUUUCUGGAUCUCAGAGACCAACGAGCAGUGCAGUGGCUUCCACUUUGCUUUUAUAGCGCGUGACCAUGCUACGGUUGACGCUUUUCACCAGGCUGCUGUAGCAGCUGGAGGAAAGUGCAAUGGCGCUCCUGGAAUUCGAGCAGAGUAUCAUCCGGAGUACUAUGGGGCUUUUGUGUUGGAUCCACUGGGCAACAAUGUGGAGGUGGUGAAUCACGGCGAUAUCUUCAAGAAAAAUGAUGCUGAAUAA